CAAAGACUUAAUUUUUAAAGUCUAUUUUCAAGCAGUUUUAACUGAAAAAAAAUUCAAAUGGGAGCUAUUACUAAUAGACGAUCACCAUCAUGGAUAAAGCGCAUGGAACCUCACAAACGAACCCAUUUCAAUCCAUUAGGUGCUCCUGCACUUUCAAGUCUUCGUGCUCCUAUUGUACGUAUUGAAGAUCACAAAAGUGAAGUGACUUCUUGUGAUUUUCAUCCUUCUGGAAAAUUUAUUUUAUCAGGAAAUAGUAAAGGACAAAUUUAUUUGUGUGAUAUCUAUGGAACUUUUUCAAAAACAAUGCUUUUUAAAGGACAUGCAGAUUCAGUGACCGAAACACAUUUUUCUAGAGAUGGAUUUGACUUUUACACAUGUUCCAAAGACGGUACCAUUGGUAUUUGGGACACUUUUAGAGGUUAUAGAAAAGCCAGACUGGAGUGUCAUGAGGAUGGUGUUAACUGUGUGCAGGGAGGAAGAUUAGCGUAUCCAAUUCUUUGUUCUGGGUCAGAUGAUGGAACAGUGCGUCUUUGGGAUGCUAGAGAAAAAGAAUGCGUCUUGACCUUAAAUAAUACUUCAACUGUUACCGCAACUUGUUUUACUGCUGAUGGAGACUACGUCAUCUCUGGUGGACAUGAUAGUGAUAUAAAAAUCUGGGAUCUUCGAACAUGUGAAAUUGUUUGCAAGCUUCGUGGUCAUAUUGGAAAAGUUACAGGACUAUCGUUGUCGCCUUGUGGUUCGUACUUGCUUUCUCAUUCAGUUGACAAUACACUUCGCGUUUGGGAUAUUCGACCUCAUGUUACAUUUAAAAGAUGUGUUGGUUGUUUUUCUUCAUAUCAAUUUUUCCCAAGUGCACUUUUGCGUUGUGCCUGGUCACCAGAUGGCACUAUGAUAUCAGCUGGAACAUCGGAUCGUGAUGUUUUCGUUUGGGAUGCUCUGACUGGAGAAACUUUACAUGAAUUAUCGGGACACGAAAGUGCCAUCAAUGAUGUAACAUUCCACCCAAAGGAAUCUAUCAUUUUAUCAGCAUCAAAGGAUAAUUAUUUAUUCCUACAUGAAUUAUAA